CAUUCAUCCAUCCAUUCAAUCGUCCAAACAACCAUCUAUUUAUCCAUCCAUCCACUCAACUAAACAACAAAAACAACCACAACAAAACCAAGCAUGCACUCCCCACCCACCAAAACAUGCCUCAUAACUGGCGGCGCCAGCGGCCUAGGCAAAGCCAUCGCAACCCGAUUCUUCACCGCAGGCAUGAACGUAAUCAUCUGCGACAUCAACGAAUCACGGCUCCAACAGACCUCUCUCGACCUCGCCGGCCCCACCGGCAGUCCUCGCCUGAAGACCAUCAAAACCGACAUCACGGGCGCCAGCGAAGUACAGACCCUAUUCGAGACGAUCACCGCGGAGUUCCACCACCUCGACAUCCUAGUCAACAACGCGGGGAUCAUGGACCGGUUCGACCCCGUCGGCGAUCUCGACGAGGGCCUAUGGGACAAAGUGCUGGCGGUGAACCUGACCGCGCCGUUUCUGCUAAGCAAACUCGCCGUGAAGAGCAUGUUGGGCAGGGAGGUGGUCGACGGGUGCAUUUUGAAUAUUGUAUCCACGGCGGGGAAGGCGGGAUUUCUUGCUGGCGCAGCCUACACAGCCAGCAAACACGGCCUGGUCGGCCUCACCAAGAACACGGCGUCGUUCUACGGCGCGAAAGGCAUCCGGUGCAAUGCGCUGAUGAUGGGCGGGAUGAUGACGAAUAUCACGGAUGCGUUCACGGCGGAUACCAACCUCGAGGGGCGGGACAAGAUGAUGCAGUUCCUGGGGGCCGCGAAGGCGCCACUGGUUGAUGUCGACCAGGUGGCCGAGCUGUGUUUCUCCGUGGCGUGUGGGCCCGGGUCCAGGCUGCUGAAUGGGACGUGUAUUCCGGUUGAUCAUGGGUUGGCGGGGUUAUUGGGGUGAGCGGUCCGGAUUCCUGGCUUAAUU